UUAAAAACACCGAAACCUGUGCAUGGAGUCGUAUCUCUGAAACUUGGCUCGUGUCUUUGUCUCUUCACUAUUCAUUUUCAGACACUGACUUCUCACUGCUUUUAAUUUAGUGGCUGGGGGUAGCCGACAAUCAUUCAGGUGACAUUGACCCAUCCCUCUUAUUUAAUUAUCCUUUUCCUUUAUGUGUAUAUUUCUAUGUCGAAUGGCUUUAUAAAUAUUUAAUACACAACUAAGACAGCAAGUUGAUAUGGCCGAGUUGGUCUAAGGCGCCAGAUUAAGGUUCUGGUCCGAAAGGGCGUGGGUUCAAAUCCCACUGUCAACAUUACAUUUUUAGUUUUUUUUUUCGGGCAUAACGAUAAGUUCGGCCCCGAUUUAAUUGACUAUUAGGCCCAAUAAUCCUAAAGUCUGCACAUGUCCACGAGAAAUCAAACAAACCAAUUUCAAGAAAAUCUUGCAGCCUAUCCAUCAAGAAACCAAUGAUGUUUUCUUUUUGUACGAGUUUUUUUUUGGGCAAAUUUUUUUUAUAAUCUCACCGGAUCGGGAUCAGUCCAGUAGACCAAAAAUGGAUCUUGUUUCUGAUCGGAUAUAUGAUUUUCUUUUUAAUCAUCAAGCCGAGUUGUACGUGUUUUUUAGUCAUUUCGGCCAACAUGAUUAUUAUGUGUGAUCUCUUUUUUGCGCUAGGAUUUUUUUUUUUUGCAGAAAGACCCUUUGUUGUUACUUAGUGCGUGAACAUUGUUCACUUUUUGGAAGGCUUAUCCCCAAAGAUUGAAUUAUUAUUAAUAAAAGCCAUCACACUUGCUUUGCUUGUGCUGAGUUCAACAUAGCAAUCUAUGUAUGUUGAUGAAUUGAAAACUCAAGAAAGUCACCAAUAAUGCAUUGAAAAAGUUUUAGAAAUCUGAGAAUAGUGAAGAAAUGUUCAAAAGCUUACGAAAAUAGUAAAAUGGACCGACCGACAACUAAUACCGAGUUUUAGAGGUGGGAAUGGAAUAUUUCUUGUGAAAAUGUUAUAAAAAGGACAUUCGAAGACAUUCGAGACAAAAGUAUCAUCUCACUACUCAAAUAUAGAUUUGAUAUACGACAAUUAGAGUGUGAGAUCUCAAUGGAGGAAGAGAGACGAAAUGAAGAAGAAAGUUCUCAUAUUUGUAUCCCUUUUCAAUUCUUGAACGAAGCUCUCAAGACCUUCCUAAAGUGUAUUGGUCUCCAUCUCUCCCCUUCUCCUUCGAUUUCCUCGGCAUCUUCGGAGGAGGCUACACACGACGUUGUGUCAGCAAGGGGUGGCAUGAUAGUCAAAUCGAAGAAAACGCUACCUAGCUCCGGAAAGCCAGGCCGCCGCAACUAAGGAAUUGAUUGGUUUUCUAGCAGUCAGGGCCGCCGCAGAGGGCAAGCCACCGAAGCCACCGAUUAGGGCCUCAAAAUUUGAGGGCCUUUUUACCUAAAAAUUUGUUAAGUUUUCUUAUAUACAAUAAUUUUUGUAGGGCCUUUAAAAAAUAUUGUUGGCUUUUA